CACCUCUCGGUCUUUUACCUGCAGUUACUGUUACGCCGCUGAGAAUAGAAAUCUGGCAUUACUAACAGACGCGUUAAGAUAAGACAUUUAAAGAUGAGAAUGCGGGAAAAUCUAACGGGGAAGACGUCUUCGGAGAGACCUAUUUUUAUGUACACAAAACCUUUAACGUAUUCGUUAAAAUGAGGACACUAGAGGAGGUGAAUGCAACAUUACAGAUCGCUAAACUCAAAGAAGAAGACUUGCAGUCCGUAGUUCAUUGUUUUUCUUUUGCGGAAAACGUUUCGUCUGAGGAUUAUUGUCUGAUGGAAUUAGACGAAACUCUGUGUAAACACAUUGAAGACGGCAAGAGUCUUGUCAUAAGAGGAGAUAAGAAUGAGCACGCUGUACUGUGCAGCGAAGACAAGACAUACGACCUCAAGAUAGCCGAUACGUCCAACCUGCUUCUCUUUAUUCCAGACUGCAAGACACCCGACCAGUUUCCAGAAGAAACAGGUAGCCAAAAGCUCAUUCAGACUCAGAUUUCAGGGUUUUCCAAUUCCUACUGGGAGCUUAGGAGAUGCCGCCCAAAGUUAAAGAAGCUGAAGAAACUUCUGAUGGAGUAUCCCUACGAAGGACCGGAAGGAGAACAGGAGAGGGAAGGUGCUAAAGAAAAGUAUACAAUGGAAGACUUGCAGGACAGAAUUCAAGCAAGCACCAAAGAACUGUUUGCUCAGCUUCAGAAUAUUCAUGCCUGCAACAUAGGCGGGUACUGGAGGAUCUUGGAUUCAGAUUACGAAAUUAAACUUUUGGGUCACGUUACACAGUUAGUGGACUCCGAAUCGUGGUCCUUUAGCAAAGUGCCCUUGAGUGUCUGUCUGGAAGAGCUUGGACCUCUUGAACCACCAGAGAUGAUAGAACAUUGCCUGAACUGUUAUGGGAGGCGUUACACCAAUGAAGCUGGUGAAAUUCACUUCUCGCUAAAUGAAGACAAAGUCUGCCGAGCAACUGCCCAGAUGCUGUUGCAGAACGCAGUGAAGUUUAACCUCUCCGAGUUCCAGGAGGUGUGGCAGCAAAGUGUUCCUGAGGGCAUGUUAACAAGUCUAGAUCAAUUAAAGGGUUUAGCUCUUGUAGAUCGUAACUCAAGACCAGAAACGAUCUCUCUGCUGAGAGUCGAAGACUUGCCUGAGGAGACACAGGACAGGUUUAACUGCCUGUUCAGCCUGCGCGAAAAAUGGACUGAAGCAGAUAUUGCCCCAUAUAUAAAGGAUUUAUGUGGUGAAAAGCAAACAACCGGGGCGCUGCUAACCAAAUACGCUCGUUCUUCCAUGCAAAAUGGAGUGAAAGUCUACAAUUCCAGACGACCAGUAGCUACAUGAGCAUCCCUGAUACAGUUUGAAGGUCUCACGUGUUCUGUGUACCACCCAUUGAAUAUUCUCAUUCUGAAUGAGACAUUUCUGACUGUAAAAUGUACACAGGCUAUUCAUUGCUUUAGCAGGUAUUGCUCUCCUGGACUAUUAAAAAAAA